UUUGCACAGGGUACCAUCUUCGAUGGCAGCGGAUCUGUAGCAAAAUAUCAAUAUUUGACAAACUGAAGUCCACUCAACUGUUUGAUCGUUUAAAUAACAAAAUAUUUGGUUGAAACUUAUUUAAUCAUGGUACGGCCUACGAAGAGACGAUAUACCAAUGUAUUACACGCCAAACAUCUGCUGGACGCUGUCAACUUCGUCCGCCAACAGAAGCAAAUCCCUAACAUUGAGCGUGUCGCACGCUACAUGAAGCGCAUGCACAACCAUACACAGUAUGAGACGGAGAAACAAAUGCAAUAUGCAGUCAAGGACAGUUUGAUUUUGUCGUAUCAGACCGUCGGGAAGAAAGGCAACAUGACCGGAGUGGAACAGGAGGGAUUCAGAAUACCCGAGGAGGAAGACUUUGCUGAACAGACAGACGACCAUGACUGGUACUGUUUUGAAUGUCACACUGUGGGAGACAUGUUGCCGUGUUCCGACUGUUGGCGAGUAUUUCACCCCAGUUGUACAGAAGAGGAGUGGACUGGACCAAAGUUCACCUGCUCCAUCUGUAAAUCAAACUUACAGGAGAUAGAGGCAGGAAAGAAGAAAAACAAGAUGAAAAGGAAGCUACUGAACACACUUCUUAGUUACACGAUCAUGAGGAUGAAGGAGAAGACCCGAGAGUUACAUAAGAUUGGCCACCGAGAACAGGAAGUACAGUUUGAGCGAUACUUUGUGUAUCAGUCCAUGGACCUGAACCGCAUUGAGCAGAAGGUGGAGAGUCACAGGUACCGUAGUCUGGAGGAGUUCCUGGCCGACACACAUCUCAUAUUCCACAAUAUCUACCUCAUAUAUGGGGAUGAAGUCAAGGGUGGAAUGACAGAAUUAGCCAGAAUAAUGGCCAGAGAUUGUAAAUAUGAUGUUGAAGAAAUUAAGCAGUGCCAUAAUUGUUACUACACGUCUAAUGCUAAGCCGAAGGAUUGGUUCUGUGAGCCCUGUGAUCCACCCCAUGAGUUGGUGUACGCCAAGUUAAAGGGAUACAGCUACUGGCCCGCCAAGAUCAUCAGGAAGGAGGGCGAAAAAUUGGAUGUACGAUUCUUUGGAGGCUUUCACCAAAGAGCCCUACUAGCACCAGACCAAAUAAAACCGAUAACUUCUAAUGUUAAAAGCAUCGUAACCAAGAGGACCACUGGUUUUAUGAAGGCUAGUGAGGAACUUAAGAAACACCAGGUUCGUCUAGCAGAGCAGGCACAGGAGAACACAGAGGAUGACGAGGAUGAAGAGGAUGAAAAAAGUGACGACCAAUCAAACAGUGGAAGGAUGGAUGACAGGAUGGACGUGGAGGGAGAAGAAGAAGAGGAGGAUGUGAAUGGACAUGACAGCAGUAAUUUGGAAGUGAGCUCAACAAGUCUCAGUCCGCCCAAGAAACGUCUCUGUCUCAAGGCUUCAACACCCGAGGAUGCUAAUUAUAACAUUGUCACAUCAAGCGAGGAUAAAAUAAACAUUCCAAAGGUUACCACGGCUACCAUCGCUGUCCAAACAACAAAAAGGAACACAAAAUCACAACAUUGUCAAACAGAUCGUCGACUGGAAAACCUACCGGCCACUAACGAGCCAGACCCAUUACCUACCCCCAAAACAGCCAACAUUGUUUGUUUACAAGCCCAAGGCUCCUCCAAGUGCUCCUGUGAUGAAAAGUACAACAAAGUGUUCAAUGACUUCAAGGAGAGGCUGGACAAAGAUCACAAAGAGGACAAGGAAAAGUCACUGAAGGAACAGUCAGAUAGGUUACAAAAAGAUUUUAACGAAGACAAACAGCUUGCUGUGUCGCGUGCAGUGACCAACAUGCAGCGCGAGGUGGACCGGAUGAAGCGACAGACGGAAGAGAGAUGUAAACAGGAAUACAUGGAGGAAAUGAAAAAACUCGCCCAGAAACAUAAAGAGGCAACAUCAAUGACCAAGAAGAAGCAAUGGUGUUAUAACUGUGAAGAGGAGGCCAUGUACCAUUGCUGUUGGAACACAUCCUACUGUAGUGUCAAAUGUCAACAGGACCACUGGCAUAAAGAACACAAGCGUGUCUGUCGACGGAAACGUUGACACGCUUCAUCAUCUCGGGGCUCAGCCCACAUACCUCCACAGUCAUUGCAUGCUACAGACAUCACGCAUUCAUCACCGCCACCCUCGCUACAGACAUCAAAUCCAUCUCAGGACAUUGUCCAUGAUCAUUUGCCUGGAUUUUUUAUUGGCCAUACUGUUCAAACAUUGGAUAGUCUUCUCUCACAGUGAAAAUCUUGCGUUGGAAAUUUCGGAGAAAAGUGUGAUUUCUUUUAUGUUAUGACCAUUGCAAAACCUUUCAUAUUGACAAGAAAAAGUAACUCCCAAUUUAGAUUACUUGUUUGCUAAAAAUUGCAGUUAAGUCAUGAUCAGUCCUAGGCCUCUUCAUGAGUUUUCAUUGUUUAUGAACUUAUAGUUUAUAGAUAUUGCUAAGACUGAAAUUAUCUCAAACUUUAAAAAAAUCAUUUGUUAUAAUUACACAUCAUCAUCAUAGGUUAGCAUAGUACUUGCUAUAGAAAGGGACUAUCUUUCCAAUAAAUGUUUCAGGGUUUCCUGGGGGUUUUCGUGGUUAAAAUAUUUAUUUAACCACCAAAAAAAAUAAACCAAGGAACACUGCCGGAUUGACAGUCAACAUCGUCUUACAUUUUAGCUUUCAUUUAUGGGUCUAUGACAGUUAUAUUCUGCCAGUAGAUUUUGUUGAUCUUUUACACAGAUCUGAAAUGGUUUGGUAUGGGUUUUUGUCAAAUUUUCAAAUAUGUAUACUGUAAAUUCGGGAAAAUUCUACUGUUUUUGCUCAGGAUUCAAAUUUGCAAAAAUUAAAGACGUAAAAAGAUUACAGCUGUAAAAAAAUAACCCUUAAAUUAUCUUUUAAGUUGUGUCAGAGUACCAGAUUACCUCAAUUGUGUUUACAAAUGCUGGCAAAGUCUUAGCCUGUGCCGAUUAUCUAGAAGGUUCUACUGAUGUAGUGUAGGGUGGAUAGGUUAGUGCUUACACGUGAAAAUCAGCAAGUCCUGGUCACUAAAGAAGAUUCUAUUAGAAGGGGGGAUAUGAAAAAGCGUGAGUCAGCACUAACAUCUACACAUACUCUUCAGUGUACCCUUCAGUCUUUUUGAAAUGCAUACAAUAGUAAAUACUGGCCAAAUGGGUUAUUUUGAUAACCAGUUUAUUUCACAAAAUUUUGACUGCAUCAAUACGCAGUCAUAUUUUUGCUCAUAUUCUCAAUUUGCGAAAAAAUAGACCAAAGAAAAUAAAUCUACAGACAUUUCUGUUAAUUUUCGCAAAAUUAACCAUCAGAAAAAUAUCCCGAUUUAUGGUAACUCUUUUGUUCGUCAUUUUAAUGUGUGUGUUCUAGAAGAUAUGGUAACAUAAAGAUUAUUUCAAAGGCACUCUGAAAAAAAAAAUCCUGGUCAUAGGAAUGUUUAAAAUUAUUCUGGUCAUAGAGUUAUUUCAAGUUAUCAUGGUCAAGAAGAUGUUUAGAUUUGUCUUGCAGGGCCAGGUAUGAGAUACAUUUAUAUAAGAAUUGUGUAAAUAUUUUAUAAUUAUGAAUCCCCUACCAUUAUGAUAGAACCUUAUGAUUCUGGAUCCUGAUUUAACUCAUUCACCCCUGAAAUUUCAUAAUGAACUAUUCUAACCUUUAAAUUGGAAGAGUUCAAAUGUGUCUUCAUGGGUGAUUGAGUUAACCUAAAAAUGUUUUACAGAUGUAUAGUGCCAUUAAAUCAUGUUUCAUUUAUCAAAACAAAAUUGAUUAUUUGUUCAGAAACAAGAUUGGCCAUUUUCAGGGUAUUUGUUCCAAAUUUAUAUCUGCCAUUUCCUUGGUAUUUGUUCAGAAUCAAAAUGGUUCACAUUGAUGAGGUUCUAAUGUAAUUUUAUUUCAUAGUAAACCAUGUAAAUUGUUUCAUUUCUAGAAUAUAUUUGUUGAAAGAAGUCUACUCUCUGUCUUUAAACUUUAUUUGGUUUUAAAAGUUUUGAGAUUGUUUAUGAAAUACCAAAUUGAUUUUCUCAUCUAUAAUUCCAUUUUAUUUUUAUUGCAAGUCGUUUUCAUGAUUUUAAUUGAUUACCAAAGUAUUUCUUUCUGUUAGUAUUUAAAACUGUCGCAUAUGAUGCAUAUUUGUACAAGAUGUGUUAAAUAUGAUUUUUUUACCAGAUGCCAUUUGUUCUGUGGUUUUCUUGUUUUCCCUUGUAAUAGUCGACAUAAUUGAGUAAAAUGAAGUCAAAUUUGUGAAAAUUAUUUGGAUAUUUCAUUCAUGCAAUGUAAAAACUGGAAACCACAUUUAGUGAAAUAGGCAGUAGUAAGGUCGUUGUAUAUUUUAUUAGCUAAAUGUAAUUUUUCAUAAAUUUCAUUUCUUAUUUCUAAUAUUGACCGUGGAUGUAAUAUUAUUGCAAGUGUUUAUACAUAUGUAUAUAAUGGCGUAGCAUACACCGACCCUUUGGGAAUCACCAGGUGUGUUUGUAAAUGGUAUAAAUACAUUUUUCAUUUAUGAAAUUUAAUAUAUUGAUGAACCUAGUGAAUACUGAUGUUGAUGACAUGGUUGUUUGCUUUAAUGCUGCCGGUUUUGAUUUUAAAAUGAAGACAAACCAAAUCUAGUCACCACCAUUUUUUUAAACCCUAUAUAAAGGUUGCUUCUUCAUCUAAUUACCAGAGAAGUUGUGUCACACGGUAAUAGCCAAUGUCUUUAACAAGACAGAGAUUUCGGUAGCUAACAUUUAUAAAAGAGCUGCAAUGGAAAUCAUUGUCCUCAUGUGUUGUUUCUAACAGAACUCUCAAAUUUCGUUUACAGUAGAUCAUCUAAUACCUGAAAUGAAAAGGGUAUUACUCUCAAUCAGACUAAAGUCUAUGUUUCUCGUUUACAAAAUAACCGGUGACCUCUUGAAAACUUUCAGCAAUGAUUUUCACAUUAUGUGUGCAUAUUUAGAAAUAUUUUAGAUGCUGAAGAUAUAUGUGAAUUCCUCCAUAAAUAACCCUAUCUGGUAUGAACUUUACAUUUUCACUAUUCAUGUACAUGUUUUUCUUAACAUCAAUGUGUAAGUGGGCAGUGCAACCAAAACUAGGCUACUACACAGAUGUAGCCAUAUUGUUAAAUAGAAAAAUAUCAAAGAAACUCAGAGUUUUGCUCCCCUAUAAAAACAGCCUGAAUGACUAUGUUGUAUGAAGGGCUAAAAAAGAAUUCCUGCUGUUUUUCAUUAUUUGCUGCUAACUUUCAUAUAGGAUGAAUCUACCUUCAAAACCAAGGGUUCUCAGGUUUUACCUUGCCUCGACAUGUACAGUCAAUGUAUGAAUCCAUAACCAUCUCUUUGUACCUGUUUCCAUAGAUAGAAUAAACGAAUAACGGCUUGAAAGCUGGUAAAGGUUCGACUGAAUGGGUUUUGAAUGAAUACAUAUUAUUAUCCUAUACAAGAUCUGAAACUUUUUUUCGCAUUAUUUUUUUAUUUUUGGUAUCUGUAGAGUUUUCUGUCUUUGGCAAUAUUUAUAAAACAUCAGAACUUAUUUUAUGCUGGCAAAAUAACCCUAUGAAUUUGGUUUCUUUUAGAUAGUGAAAAAGGAAA